CCUACGGUGAGGAUGGAUACCCGGCAAUCUUUCCCCAGAUACCCGCUGCUGGUGCUGCUCUGCACGGUCUGUGCACUAUCGGGGACCCGGAGCCCCGUGGCUGCUGCUGGGAAGAGCUGCGCCGACACCCGGCAGGUGUACGCGGAGAAGGGGUACAGCACAGGCACCGCACCGCUGACUCAAAUCUCCGGUGAGCACCUGCGGCUCUGCCCUCAGGACUACACCUGCUGCUCCAGUCAGAUGGAGGAGACGCUGGCCCUCCAGAGCGAGAGGGACUUCCUCAAAGCUGUGGAAGAGAACAGCCAGUUCCUUCUGACUACUUUCACCCAGAGGCACCGCAGGUUUGAUGAGUUCUUCAGAGAGCUUAUAGACUUAUCAGAGAAGUCUAUGAACCAGAUGUUUACCAAGACCUACGGCCGGCUCUUCACCCAGAAUGCACUCGUCUUCCAGGAGCUGUUUGUGGAGCUGCGCAGAUAUUAUUCGGGGGGCAGUGUAAGUCUGUCAGAGGUUCUGUCAGACUUCUGGUCCAGACUGGUGGAGCGAGUCUUCUCUCUGGUUAACCCCCAGUACCAGUUUAGUGAGGACUACCUGGAGUGUGUCAGCAAACACGCCGAGCAGCUGCAGCCGUUUGGGGAUGUGCCGCGCAAACUGCGUGUUCAAGUGUCGAGGGCUUUCAUUGCCGCCCGAGCACUGUCUCAGGGCUUGGCCACUGGUCGGGAUAUUGUUAACAAAGCAACAAAGUUGACUGCAGACUCAGAGUGCGUGCGUGGGCUGAUGCGUCAGUGGUACUGCCCUCUGUGUCGAGGCAUGCCCGCCCUGCGGCCCUGCCACUCCCUGUGCCUUAACGUGAUGAAGGGCUGCUUAGCCAAUCAGGCCGACCUGGACACCGAAUGGAACAAUUUCAUUGAUGCCCUGUACCAGGUUUCAGAGAAGUUGGAGGGGCCGUUCAACAUGGAGCUUGCAGCCGACUCCAUCUCUGUGAAAGUGUCGGAAGCCAUCAUGCACAUGCAAGAAAACAGUGUCAGCAUCUCCACUAAGGUGUUCCAAGGUUGUGGAAACCCCAGGCCAACUCCAGGACGGUCCAAACGCUCACCCAAAGAGUCAGGGGGCAACAGGAGGCCCUUCCGCACCUACAGCCCUGAGGAGAAGCCCACCACUGCUGCAGGCACUAACCUGGACCGACUGGUUACCGAGCUGAAGGAGCGACUGAGGCCCAUGCGUGGCUUCUGGGUGUCCCUCCCACACACCAUCUGCAACGAUGAGAAGAUGGCUGCCGACGUCACUAAUGAGGACCGCUGCUGGAACGGGCAGACCCGGGGGAGGUACCUCCCGGAUGUGACUGGCGAUGGGCUGGUCAGCCAGAUCAACAACCCUGAGGUGGAAGUGGACAUUGCCAGGCCAGAUGUGAGGACCAGACAGCUGAUCAUGGAGCUGAGGGUGGUAACCAACAAGCUGAGAAACGCUCAGAGCGGACAGGACAUGGACUUCAUGGACAGUGAGGAGGGCAGUGGCUCAGGGGGUGCGUAUCACGGUGAAAGGUACAAUGAUGAUUGGCCAGGUUAUGGGCCUUACUCUCCCCCUUACAACAAACCCCCUCGUAACCCCGCCACCAGCCCCGCAAAGCCGCCUCGAGUCAGAGAAAGAAACGGGUCCAAGUGGAACAGGAACAACAGCCACGGCCGGGUCCGAUCUGCAGCCAGCCAGCUGGCUUUCUCCCUGCUUCCUUUGUUGUCUUUGCCUUUCAUGGCCACUGUUGCCCCCAUGUGGAGAUAG